UGACAGUGACAGGUGGUUAGGUUAGUUUUUCUCAAACGACCUCCAUCGUCGUCUUUGAGAUUAGCAUUGUUUUCAAUAAUCUACAAGGCUUAUUUCAUCACACGCUAUAUCGAUUAAAAUAAUUACACUUUACGGUAUAUAAAAUAAACAUUCAAACAACGAAAUAGUGCAAUUAAAAUCAAAAUGGCAGACAGUACCACAGAAAUAAAUCAAGAAAGAGUUUAUGGAGGAUGCGAAGGACCUGAUGCUAUGUAUGUAAAAUUAAUUUCAUCAGACGGUCAUGAAUUUAUAGUUAAAAGAGAACACGCUCUUACAUCUGGCACUAUCAAAGCCAUGUUAAGUGGCCCUGGGCAGUUUGCCGAAAAUGAAGCAAAUGAAGUUAACUUUAGAGAAAUCCCAUCCCAUGUACUACAAAAGGUCUGCAUGUACUUUACCUACAAAGUUCGUUACACAAACAGCUCCACAGAGAUACCUGAAUUUCCUAUUGCUCCAGAAAUUGCACUAGAAUUAUUGAUGGCUGCUAAUUUCUUAGACUGUUAAAUUAUUUAUUCUAAAAAAUGGGGGUUGUUAAUUACUUAGCUGUAAAAUGCAGUUGCUAGUUUUUUUAUUUAUUUAUUUGUACUUCAUUAGUAAUAAUAAUUAGAUGACAAUUGAAAUGCUGCAAGGAUAUCAGAAGAAAAAACAAUGUUGACUGCCAAAGUUGAUUGUAUCAUAUAUUUAAAUAGUUUCUGUAAAGUUUGAAUAAUUACUUUUAUUGUAUAGAUGAUUUUGUGUGAGUAACUCAUCAUUUUCAAAUACUACCUGGAAAAAAACUACCCUGCAACUACAUUUAAGGAAGUUCAUUGCAUUUUGAUAGAGAAGUAAUAAAAUGUAUCUUUAUUAGUAAAUCAGUUUGCAAUUCAUUUCACUGUUGCCAACCUGUAUAGUGAAAGAGUUCAGUAAGACACUUAAAUACCUAUAUUUGAUUAUACAUGGUAUUGGCACUAAACUAUUCAUAUGUUAGAAGUCAUCUAAGUUAGUUCUCUAGAAUUGGUGAUAAUAAAAUACCAUUUUGUUUUCUCUAGCUGGAUAUCUCAUUGUUUCGCUUUAAAACAAUACUUCUACAGUAUAGUAAUGACAGUUGACAUUGCUAUUUUUUGUUUUAUUUCAGUGAUUUUUAUUUUCUGUGCUUUUGAUAUGUAAAGAGUUAUGAACAUCAUCAUUAACUCAAUUAAUGUGGACCUUAGUUGAGCAUCUUGUUUCAACACUCGUAUUAUGUUGGUGAUCUUCAAAAUCUUUAAUAAAUGGUUUUAUUUCAUAUUAUCACUGAGUAUUUCCAAAAAAAUUUUACUCCUUCAAAGAAAUCAUCAGUACUUGGUUAUUUGAAACAUUUAUUUUUUUUUAUUAGAAAUUGAGCAAUUCCUUUGGGCUAUCUGCUAUCUGGUAAUUUUGUAUCUAGCAUACUUUUAAUAUUGUGUUUUAUAAACACACACCUUUAGAGAUAUAUCAUGUCAAAUACACUAAAAGUUGCUUUAAGAUAUUGGUGGCCCAGCAUUUUACUUUGGUUUAUUUUGCCAGACUGUUUUUUUUUUGCAUAAUAUUGAAGUUGUUUCAAAUAAAUAUAGUUACUUAUAUUGAUUGUGUAUUACACUAAUUCUAAUAUUUCUUAUAAACUUUAUAGACUGCAUUUCACAGCAAUACUUAUCUAACACUCUAGACGCCAUAUAGUUCAGCUCAUUAUGCAUAUUAUCUAUAAAAUGUCAAAACAUGAAACUUUAAGAUUUAGCUUAUCAUUAUAUACUUGAAUAUUUUAAUUUGGCUUAAAUUUCAAUCAAGUAAUUUCAUAUUUGAUUAUUUUUAUAUCCUUGAAGUUGAACUAAUACUAUUUUCAGUUUUUCAUUUUUAUUUUUGAUUCUCAUGUUUUAAUUAUUUUACUGCAGAACUUAAUGUAUUUAGAAAUGAUUUUUUUCCCAAUAAAUUUUUUUACUAACUUAA